CUUCCUUCUCACCAUAUCAGGAGCUAAUUCUUAAUCAACGAUCGACAAAUCCUGAGGAAUUAGUUUCGUUUGUACUUCAAACUUAGAAAGCAAAUUCAGUCAUGGCCAACUACGGCAACAUCAAAUUAGCUGCCAAGUUGCUUCUCUUCUUCACUUUCCUUCUCCUCAUCUCCGCAGCUGAAAGCAGACAGCCAGCAGCGAAAUGCGGUGGAGUGACGUGUCAGAAAUUUUACGCGGCUCGGAGUGGGGAUAACUGCGCAGGUGUUGCAGCCAAGAACCACAUGUCGGAGGAUCUGUUCAAGGCCUUGAAUCCGGGCGUCAAUUGUUACAACAUUUUUGUCUAUCAGUGGCUCUGCGUUAAAGGCAUUCCAGUUUAGUUUGAUCGUGUUGAAUCAGUGAUGAUGAUCAUUUGCUAAUUUAAGUAGCUAUAUGUUUCUCUGAAUUGGAAAUUUUUGGAAUGGUUUGAUGUAUCGGAAAUGCUUCAGAUUUUGUUAUUGAAGUACAAAUCCUUAUUGGACUAGAGAAUAUAUAUCUAAUGAGACUCACGAGUCAACCUUCAAACGACAAUUCUUUCAUGAUAUAUCUUGAAAUGUCAGGAUUCAACCAAAUUAAAGAGGAACGAAAAUGAUACAAAAAAUAGGCUUUUCGAAUCAUCGCGGAGCACUCGAAUUUAAUUCACUUAAAGCUACUUUUGAUUUCCCGCUACUUGUUUGACUCCGUGAACAUCUAUCCUAAGGAACUUGUGUGGAGUUAGCUGUUAUACUCCUUCAAAGAUAAGAAAACAUGUAUGCCUUCCAUUUUCUGGUCCCAUCUAAAAAAUAAUAAAUAGGAGUACACAUGGGUCGUCGGAUAGUUUGAGUUAAGUCGUAUCAAUCAACCGAUCCAUAUACUUCGAUUUUAUAAAUACUAAUUCCAACACGAAUAGGAGCUAACAAGACGCUUUUGUUUUUAUAGAAGCAGGACACAUACAAUAUUCACACACAUAUAUAAGGAUGAAAAUAUCAUUAAAUCCUCGUGAUUUCAUAUGUAUACUUCAUAUAAAUGGGCAGUUAUUAAGGAGUCGUUUGGAUGGAUCAAUUAAAAAAAGAGACAAUUAGAUCAAUCGUCUUAUUUUUCAAAAUGAGUCAUUUAAAACGAGUAAAUUUGAACUGUCUGCCCUAGUGGCAAAUACAUGCAUGUUUAGGGGUGUCCCGGGACACCAUUAAAAUUUGGAAACACGAUUAUUCAACCUCCGAUAGUAGUUUGCGUAUAAGUAAAAAAAAUGUUUAAGUGAUAGUGGGACACCCUUAAAAUUUGAAAAAAUGAUUAUCCAAUCUCCCGUAGUAGUUUGCUUAUUGAUACAAAUAAUAUUUACGUAGUAGUCUAUGUGAUUUAAACUAGGGACACUGGCUUUAUUAGUAAACCUAUUUCAAUUACACUACAACUCAUUUGUUAUUUUGUUUUAGAUCCAAAUAUAAUAGUAAAAUGUUAUUCUUAUUUAUCAAAACUUAACUAUUGAAGCCAAUUACCAGAUACCCUUGUCUAAUAAGAUAUGUAGAGAGAUAUUUGUUGAGCAGUAUAGACACCGGAUGUAUUUUACCAUUUUACGAAACAUGUAUGAACUUUUAAUGUAACUUUUAUAUUUAAUAAUUAUUUAAUUUAAAUAUAAUAUUUAUUUAAUUUAAUUUAAAUUUUUAAUUUAUUUAAAUUUUUAAGAGAGGACACCCCUAUGUAGAAUUCCUGGAUCCGCCACUGGUCUGCCCCCACCCGAGACAAUUGUAAUUGCCUUAAAAUGAGUCGAUUUGAAAUUCUCUAAGCAGAAUUGCUUCAUCUAAAUUUUGUGUUGCCGAACAGAUAAAAUUACCUUAAAAUG